AUGAAAGUUGCUACCAUUGGACUUUUAGCCGCUCUCGUCGCGACUGUUGCUGCUGAACCAUACUACGAAAAACGUUACUACGAACGUGACGCUGAACCAUACUACGAGAAACGUUACUACGAACGUGACGCUAGCCCCUACUACGAACGAUACUACGAACGUGACGCUCAGCGUGAAAGGGACGCUCAACGAGAACGUGACGCCAGCCCCUACUACGAACGAUACUACGAACGUGACGCACAACGAGAACGUGACGCCAGCCCCUACUACGAACGAUACUACGAACGUGACGCACAACGUGAACGUGACGCCAGCCCCUACUACGAAAGAUACUACGAAAGAGACGCUCAACGUGAAAGAGACGCUCAACGUGAAAGGGACGCACAACGUGAACGUGACGCCAGCCCCUACUACGAACGAUACUACGAACGUGACGCACAACGUGAGAGGGACGCACAACGUGAACGUGACGCCAGCCCCUACUACGAACGAUACUACGAACGUGACGCUCAACGUGAAAGGGACGCUCAACGUGAACGUGACGCCAGCCCAUACUACGAACGAUACUACGAACGUGACGCACAAAAAGAACGUGACGCACAAAAAGAACGUGACGCCAGCCCCUACUACGAACGAUACUACGAACGUGACGCCCAACGAGAACAUACUACGAACGUGACGCUCAACGUGAAAGGGACGCUCAACGUGAAAGAGGCGCCAUCUAAGUUUAUUAGAUUUUUCGUUCCCCUUCACAAUAAUGAGGCCUAG